CAUAAUUAGAUAAAUGGCAACCCGGGUAAAAUACACACGGUUAGUCCACUUAUUCGUGCUUCUGCUGUCCGUGUUCGGCGUUUCCUUUGCAGAAAAUAGCGAUGUGGAACUGGGAACUGGGGAAAGCGUCGGACCUGAGGUACAAUGCGGAGAAGUGGAAGUGACAAUAACCGUAAAGCGACAGUUUUUUGAGGAGAAACGUGUUCCGUUCAAACCUGAGAAUCUUCGACUAGGAGCGAACUCCAUGCAGCAGAGGUCCUGCGAAGCAAAGGGCCCGGUGUCGGACUCCCACAUGGUCCUCUCUGCGGGGCUACGGGAAUGUGGGACCGAGUCCAGCGUUCGCGGUGAGUGGCUUGUGUAUUCCAACCAGCUGGUACUGCUUCGUGCUGUGGUUCCCACCUCUACAGGCGGUGUGAUAGUUAGAGGGGCGACCACUGUCGUCAUACCUGUUGAGUGCCAUUACAAGAGGAAGCAGACGGUGAAUGGGGAACCGCUGACCCCAACCUGGCUGCCCAUGACCUCCACUGUCAGCGCCUUUGGCCUCCUGCACUUCUCCCUUCGCACCGUGGCAGGUGACUGCACCGCUCUACGUAGUUCCUCUGUGUAUCAGCAGGGGGAAGCAGUGUUUUUGGAGGCCAGCGUGGAGGCCCCGCUGCACCCGCCUCUUGCUCUGUUUGUCGACCACUGUGUCGCCACGCUGAAGCCGGACCCUCUCUCCCUGCCAAGCUACAAGUUUAUCAGCAACCACGGAUGUCUGAUGGACAGUGUAUUGCCGGGGUCUUCAUCUAAAUUCUUCCCAAGGAAGCAGGAGAACCGACUGUGCUUCAGCGUCCAAGCCUUCCACUUCAACUCUGAGUCUUUGGAGCAGAUGUUCAUCAGCUGCCACAUCAGGGCCACUCUGAAACCAAACUCUCCCAGUCAGCUUAAUAAAGCCUGCUCCUUCCACAGACCCACAUUCAGCUGGAGAGCCACAGAGGGAGACAAUGCUCUGUGUGGAUGCUGCGACUCUGAUGACUGCUUUGGAAAGACCGGAGAGGAGAACAGUGGCCACCCUGGAAACGCAACUCGACGAGAUACAGAAAAGAAGCAUGAGGCGGACUCAACAGUUGGGCCACUUCACACUCUGCCACGCUCCCAUUGGACAGGUCGUCUGUCAGUCAGUCACUAUGGAGCCUUUUUUCAACUCUACAAUUAGGUGGGUAUGACUGUUGAGACCAACGCUAGGGGAGUUAUGUGAGGGGACAAUAAAGAAUCCAUCUCAUCAUGAAUGUUAAGAUUUUGAAUUUUUACUGAUUAAUACUUGGAGGUACCCAAAAAAAACAUGUUGAGGUCCUACAAGCUAUUUUUCAUAACGUUUGAAGCCAUGGAGGCCCGCUGCAGGAGUAUUGUACUAUGGCCAUCACUAAAGCUCCUCCUCCCCCCACACACACCACUGCUGGUUACAAACAUAAAACAUUGACAGAAGAGAUGAAUCUGCCAUAAUGUAAACUGAGUAAUAGACUUGAAUACAUUUAUGUAGGGAGGAGUUUUUUUUUCCUUCUGUUCUCUGUGGCACAAAUAUGUUCAUUAUCUCUGACGGAUGAAUAAUAAAGGAAGCUUCCUAAUUUGGGUUUUUGCAAACUUCGGUAAUUCCAACUGCAACAUCAAGCCGCAGAUGGACUGAACUCUGUGUGAGCAUGUAGUACAACACUUCCAUGCUGCAUGCCGGCACAGUGCUGUUCCUGUUUUGACUGAGGACGCUCCUAAACCAAAGCUCAGUGGAGCAGACG